CUUCCUGCAUUAAGCAAAGAAUCAAUACAUUGAUUCAAUAUAUACAGUAUAAUCCAGUAUAAUAAUCAUCUUGGUAGCCGGCUGGCUUGGACUGUCCCCUCCCUCUUUGAUGAUUGAUUGAUUGAUGGCGCCAUCUUUCUGACCUCAGUGUCAAGUCUUCUAGGCGGAACCGCAGACGUUGGGCCUGGUCAUGUAUUCAGGACACAAAUCAAACCCUCCGAUUACAUUCAACACCGCCAAGCUGCGUUAUGAUGGAUCCGCGCCAUCGCCACUCACAGUCUAUACUCGUGAAGCUCCAAGAGCCGGGAACAGGGGCCCGAGGGCACGCUCCCGGUACCGGGCCGCACGAGGAGACGCGCCCGUGUCUGGAUGCGCCUCAGCAUGACAGCGCUCGGGACAUGUCAGUUCGCCGGUAGCGGUACCGGUAUCAAUCAUUUAAACGUGUGCGAGCGCUGGUGAAACUUUAACACUCUUCGUCUUUCAAAAUGAACCGGCCUGCGAAGCCAAUACAAAUGAUAUUUAAAUAAAUAUUUAAGUUAUUUAAAUGAAGCAGCCCAAGGGCGUGUACCGGACAAAAGUCGUCCCGCUGCGUACCCGUUCCCGUGGUUAGGUGACCGGACCAGAGAGGAGCUCGAGAGCACCGCUGACGGGGUAACGUGAGCUAAAACGCGGAGCGUUCCAUGGAAACGGUCCCGUGGAGGGGCCAGGCACGCGCGCGCGCCGAUCAACAGGUGGAUGUGCGCGAGGCCGGUGCGGACCUGGACGUGGCUUUCGCUUCCUCCGCCCUCCCCCCCCGCGCGCGCACUCCCGGCCAUGUCACGACAAACGGAGCGUCCGAGCCGCCGAACGGCGAACUUCGCGAGUCACGCGCUACCGAGAGCCGCGGCGCUGUUCACGCGACACGCACGCGCUCAGCUGCGUGGAAGCUUCGCUCCUCUCCGAGCGCGGACGCGACGAGCGCUCUCACUGUGCCAGGAGUUAUAAUGCUUGUUAGGAACGGACCCGCGAUGGAUCUGCGCGCGGAACACGUGAAAAUAAAAGCACACUAUGGCGGGGACAUGCUGAUCUCACACCUGGACUCAGGCCUGACGUUCGCUGAGCUUUGUGUAGAGUUGCGGGCGAUGUGUAACGUCUGUGAGGAGCAGCCCCUCACACUGAAGUGGAUCGAUGAUGAAGGUGACCCAUGCACCAUCUCAUCCCAGAUGGAGAUGGACGAAGCCUUUCGUAUCUACGGCAGGACCAAACCUUCUGGACUCCUCCUUCAUGUAUUCCCGAGCGCCCCAGAGAAGCCUGGGAUGCCAUGUCCAGGAGAGGACAAAUCGAUCUACCGCCGUGGAGCUCGAAGAUGGAGGAAGUUGUACCGAGUGAAUGGACACCUCUUCCAGGCCAAGCGCUUUAACAGGAAAGCACACUGUGGCCACUGUAGUGAGAGAAUAUGGGGUCUGGGGCGCCAAGGCUACAAGUGCAUCAACUGCAGGCUGCUGGUCCAUAAGCGCUGUCAUAAACUCGUCCCCCUGACUUGUCAGAGGCAUAUGGAUCCAGUGAUGCCAUCCCAGGAACCGCAGGUCGAUGAAAAAACUGGGGAGGAGGAAGUAGAGGCCCCCCCAGAGGACGCCGAGGACACAGACAGAAUACCUUUCUUAGCACACAGUCGGAAUGCGGAUAAGCCUGAAGAUGACUCGGAGGACCUAACUGCAGUAGUGGACGGUAUGGAGGGUAUCCAGAUCUCGGAGGGAUUGGGUCUGGCGGAUUUUGAUCUGAUCCGUGUGAUUGGCCGCGGCAGCUACGCCAAAGUCCUGCUGGUGCGUCUGAAGAAGACGGAGCACAUGUAUGCCAUGAAGGUAGUGAAGAAAGAGCUGGUGCAUGAUGACGAGGACAUUGACUGGGUUCAGACAGAGAAGCACGUUUUUGAACAGGCCUCCAGUAACCCCUUCCUCGUGGGCCUCCACUCCUGCUUUCAGACUGAGAGUCGGUUGUUCCUGGUGAUAGAGUAUGUAAAUGGGGGAGAUCUGAUGUUCCAUAUGCAACGACAACGGAAGCUUCCAGAGGAACAUGCAAGGUUCUACGCUGCAGAAAUCUGCAUUGCCCUGAACUUCCUCCAUGAGAAGGGAAUUAUUUACAGAGACCUUAAACUGGACAACGUGUUGCUGGAUCAGGAUGGUCAUAUCAAGCUCACAGACUACGGCAUGUGCAAGGAGGGAAUCAGACCAGGUGACACGACCAGCACGUUCUGUGGUACUCCGAACUACAUAGCCCCUGAGAUCCUGAGAGGAGAGGAUUAUGGGUUCAGUGUAGACUGGUGGGCUCUGGGGGUGUUGAUGUUUGAGAUGAUGGCUGGCAGGUCUCCGUUUGACAUCAUAACGGACAAUCCUGACAUGAACACCGAGGAGUAUCUCUUCCAGGUCAUUCUAGAGAAACCUAUCCGUAUUCCAAGGUCUUUGUCUGUGAAGGCGGCGAGUGUGCUCAAAGGCUUCCUGAACAAGGAUCCCAAGGAGAGGCUCGGCUGCCAAGUUCAGACCGGCUUCAGUGAUAUCAAGUCUCACACGUUCUUCAGGAGCAUCGACUGGGACCAGCUUGAGCAGAAGCAGGUGACGCCACCAUUCAAACCACAGAUUACGGACGAGUAUGGGUUAGACAACUUCGACACGCAGUUUACCAACGAACCUGUGCAGCUAACGCCGGAUGACGAGGAGGCGAUAAGGAGAAUAGACCAGACAGAGUUUGAGGGGUUCGAGUACAUCAACCCACUGCUACUUUCCACCGAGGAAUCCGUAUGAAAGGGAGGAGGGGGAGCAAAACAAAACAAAAACAAAAACAAAAACAAAACGGCUCCCCUCCCUCCGCCGCUGUGAGGACUGCGAGAGACUGAGGAUCUGAGCCAGACUCUACUGACCAUUCCCCUCCAAACUGCACGUCCGCGUGUCGUUAUGCAUAACCUCAGACCCAUCUCAACUUGUUUUGGGGCAAAGCUGGAAGAGACCAAAACAGGACAAAUAUUUAAUGAUAUGAAAGCAACGUUGCCCGAACAAAAAAAACCAAACAAAACAAAAAAAAGCCAGCUGCCGGAUGUCUUCCUCCUGCUCAGCGUCCUCUGCCAUCGUUUGUGUGCAUCAGCACGGCUGCCUAGGUCUGAAAGCAGCUUCAGUGUUCUGUGCCUGUGCUUGUCAUGGACUACAAUUCCCAUCAGCCCCAGCUAAAGAUGACAGUUCUACUUGAGAACGUAAUUUAAUCUGCACUUUUCUUUAAUUUUCUAUGUGUUUUGUUUUUAAUUGACUCGUGUGGGGUUCUCCCUCAAGCAAAAUAAGAUUGUAAAACUGUUUAAGGAAACACAAAGUUCACACUUGUAGUAGAAGUAGCCAAACGAAGAAUUUGUGAUGCCUUUUAUUAAUGUGGCAGAUUUUAGGUGAUCAUGAUCUGGUCCACACAGAUUUCCUGUGCAAUCUGGCUAACAUGAUUUUUAAAAACAGGAGACAUUUUUUUUCUUUGAUGAAGUGCCUCAAAGACAUCUGCAGUUUUUCUCUUAUUUAAUUUGGAUUUGAUUUUUAACACCCCUGCUCCAAACAAGAUGUGGCCACACACACACACACACACACACACACACACACACACACACACACUCCAUUCCACUGCCUCCUCUUAGCACAGACAGAUCUAAAGGUACUCCACGCUUUCCUCUCGUGACCAAAAAUAAUGAAGGAUGAUGAUGUGAUCAUGAUGGUGUCCUUAGUGGGUGAGAUGUUGCAGAGCGUGAGAGAGCAGAACAGAGGUGGGGGUGUGCUGUCACUGUUCUGGCCUGUGUGAUGGUAAAACUGUACCAUCUCCAUGACAGACUCUCAGAAGACGCCCAGAACAGGAAACUGUGGAGCAGUAAUGUUUUCUACUGUUGAUCCAAAACCACAGAAAUCCACACAGACACUAACCGGAGAAAGCCAGUUAAUUCCUUCCCAUGUUAAUUCAGUGACAUGCGAUCACAAAGCGAGAUCCUGUAGGAUGUGGUGAGCGAUUCUUUUUAAUGUCUAAUACGUGCACAAAAAAAUCCACUUCAACAACCAAACCAUGCGGCUUCUCUUUAAAACUGCCAUGUGCUUCUGAUUAGAACUUCAUCUCACCGUAAUUGGUCCAUUAAUUACCCCACAGCCCCAGGUCACGUUUCUGUUUGCUUCAGCGUCAAGACGAGUUGGUGGAGCUGGAAAACCACAACGCCUUCGGAAAUCUCGCGACCCGUGCAGACACACCGAUCCGUUCUUAGGGUUUAUUAGCGAUUAGCGCGCGCUAAACACAAAAGACCGUGUGGAACAGAACCGGGGGGGGGGGGGGGGGGGCA